AUGUCCGGACAAAGCGCCCUCUCCGCCGCAAUCGCUGGCGUCUCCACUUUCGCCACCCGUCGCCGCAGCAGACGCGACUCGCCUCCACCACCAGGUAGCGACUCGUUCUACGGCGUACGCAGUCUCGACUCUGUAGACUGGGAGAGCGAACCAAGCAGUGGAGACUCAUCCGAAGACAGCAGCAAUCUUGGUCCCGUAGACGAUACACCGAGCGCCGUUAGCACCUCGCUUCCACUCUUGGGCGCGUCACCUUCCUCCACCUCCAGCAGCACCACAACCCUCGCUCGCGCAAGCCAGGCGCCAAGUCCACGCCCCUCCUUGGCCCCAAUCGACUCGCCGCCCCGUCUCGAGGGCACCCCAACGCCUCCCGCCGCCGCUCUCGCAUCCCCGGCCAUCAAUCGCCCUCCACCUCUGGCACACACGCUCUUUGACAUGCUCGCUGACGCGCCCAGCGCGUCAGAGCCCUCCUCUCCUGCCUCUUUUGACUCAAUGUCCGUCACUCUCUCCAGCCUCUCACGCACUUCGUCUCUCCUAGAGGACUGGAGACCCUACGAUAGUGAGGCAGAGAGGCGUGGCCUAGACGCCUUGGGGCUCGAGACCCGCCCUGUGCCUCAGCGUGCGGGGACGGAGCUCGUCCUUCCCACCCUCAGUCUGCCCAGUACUUCACUUCAUCUCGGCCUGGAGCGAUGGAAUGGCGCACCAGCGGGCACCCGCAUUGCUCUCCUGGCUGGGCCAGAGCGCACGCGGGAUGUCCUCGGUGCCCUGGCUGCCCGCAGAAAGUGCGUGCAGCUCCCGCAUGGACAUGUUGGCGUGGUCGAACACGGCCGCCUCUCAGCAACUAUCCUUACCGGUCUCAAGGCCGCCGAUGUCCGCGAUCGCGCAGUGGAUGCCUACGCCGCCCUCCACGCCCUCCUAGACGCUGGCGCCGACACGCCCGAACUCGAGUCUUCAGUCAAAAGCUACGCCUCCCGCGCAGACUGGGUGCACCUCGUCAUCCCCCUUGACGACGCAGAUACACACGACCUCGACGGCGCCGUUCCUGUCACCACACUGCGCGACGAAGCCGCUCGUCUGUCGGCCGAGAUGGCUCGUGAUGACGCCCAGACGGCUGCCCUAGCUGAAGCCGCCACGGACAAUGUGCUUGACUUUGACCUCCCCACGCCCCUUGCGGCCCCAGUGCCCACCCCGGCGGACUCCUCCGGCAGCUCCGACAACGAGCCGCCCUCGCCAUCCAAGACACCAAGCGCUGACAUAGAUUGCACUCCUCCGACCCGCGAUCGCGAGCGUGAGCCUUGGCAGUUCUCUUCCCGCCUCCCCGGCGUUGAUGAGGAGGAUGAAGCGAUCGCGUCCACUGCAUCCCUCCUUGACCCAGACGUAGCCGCCACCGUCUCCCUACUCGAGCGUGUCAUCUCCGAUCCCGCCAGCACGGUCAAAGCCUCGGCCGCUGUCUGUCUGGCCUACGUCCCGCCGUCCUCCACUACCUCGCCAGCGAGUUCAACUUACGCCGCGCCUCUGCCUACCAUCCGCUCAGCCGGUGGGGAAUGGGAGGCGACGCUCUCGCGGCGCCUGGCACACCGGCGGGAGUUGGACGCGCAGGCGCGCAGGCGCCGUCCGCGUCCACGCCGACGCCAGACCACGCCAGAUCCCUGCGGCCCCCUCUUCCCCCGCGGGAGGGGAACUAGCUCCGUCGGCCUGGCGGACGUUGUUGCACGCGCAUUUGCACCGGUGCGCAAGGUGCUCGCGCGCACAAGCUGGACACAGGUGGCGAUAGCGUGCGCCGUCGCCCUGGCCGUUGGGUGCGGCUUCUGGGCCGUGCGGGCGCACUAG